AUGAUGGACGAUAAUGAUCAAGGUUCGCUUGUAAAUAGUGUCUCCGAACCGCUGCUAGAAAAUUACCAUACCGUCCAAACUCACAAUCCUAGAGAUGGUUGUUGUAAAAAUAUUAAUGCACGAUAUGUUAUAGCAACAUGGGCUUUCAUGGGAUUUAUCUGUUUAUAUGCCCUACGCGUAAAUUUGAGUGUUGCUAUCGUAGCAAUGGUAACUCCUCAAAGUGUUUUAAACCAAUCUGUGACAGCGUGUCCAGGCAACGGUAAUCAUUCUGAUGAACCGAUUAAACACCAUUAUGAAUUCACAUGGUCGCCAAAAACACAAGGUCUAGUGCUAGGUUCAUUUUUCUAUGGAUAUUUAUUCACUCAAAUUAUCGGAGGAAAUUUGGCUGAACGUUUUGGUGCUAAAUGGAUAUAUGGUUGUAACAUAUUGAUUGCAGGAUUUCUAACGUUAUUAACACCCUUAGCUGCGAGAACGCACGUUGUGCUAUUAAUAAUUGUACGAUUACUUAUCGGAGUAUUUGAGGGUCCUUCAUUUCCAAGCGCUGGUGCAUUGUGGGGUCGGUGGAUACCUCCUAUGGAACGAAGUGUUGUUCCUCCGAUUGCAUUGUCAGGUAAGGAAGUGGGAAUUAUUAUUACAACACCAUUGGUUAGUUUGCUGUGUACAUCAACAUUUCUUGGAGGAUGGCCAUCAUCAUUUUAUGUAUUUGGUGUUUUGACAAUAAUUUGGUUUUGUGGAUGGUCUAUAUUCACUUCCAGUUCACCAUCGGAACAUCCCCGGAUAUCGAUAAAAGAAAAGAAUUUUCUACUGAAAUGUAUACCACAAACUCGAAAACUUCGAACCCCAUGGAAACUUAUACUUUAUUGUGUACCAUUAUGGGCUAUAGCUGUGAUGCAUAUCUGUGUUAACUUUGUUUAUUAUGUUCUUCUAACAUCAUUACCAAUUUAUUUUUCAACAAUAUUAAGAUUUGACUUGCAUCAGAAUGGUUUGAUGUUUGCUAUACCGUAUGUUUUUCAAUUAAUUGUCACAAUUUUAUCCGGUCAACUUGCUGAUCUUGCUCGAUCAAGACGUAUUUUAUCAACAACAGCAGUGAGAAAGAUACAAACAAUUAUUGGUGGCAUUGGCUCAUCGUUGUUUUUGAUUCUCGUUGGAUAUAUCGGCUGUAAUCGUCUAUAUGCAAUCAUCUGUAUAACAUGUGCUGUGGCGUGUAUUGGAUUUCAUUCAUGUGGAAGUCUUAUAUCGCAUCUCGAUAUUGCAUCGAAUUAUGCUGGAACACUAGUGGGAUUGACCAAUACACUUGCAACUAUUCCUGGUUUUGUUGGUCCUUAUUUUGUUGGAGCCGUUACAAACAACAAUCAAACUUUAGCUGCAUGGCGGGUGAUAUUUAAUGUAUCAGCUGGAAUCGGAUUAUUUGGAACAAUUGUGUAUUGUUUGUUAUUUAACGGUGAAGAACAAAAAUGGAAUCGAGAAUAUGAGAAUCAGAAUGAACAAAAUGACUAG